CGGGGUCGGCGCUGGGCGGGGCUGCCGAAUUCGCUUUGGCCCAGGGUCGAGCCGCGGGGGAGCGGGGAGGGGAAGGCUGCGGUGACCCCCCCGGGUGCGUCCCCCCCCAGGUCCUUGAGACGGGCCGAGAGCUUCGGAGCGAAGGUCCCCGCGAGGACGAGCGGGGCCGGAUCCACCGUCGCCACCUCCCGCAGCGCCGGGCGCUGCCGGCCAGGCCCCUCCGCCCAUGAACCGGAAAAGUGGGGGUGGCGGCGGGGCGGCGGUGGACACUCGCCAUGGAGUUCUCAACGGCGGACUACAGCAUCUUCGUGCUGCUGCUGGUGCUGUCAGCGGCCAUCGGGCUGUUCUAUGCGCUGAGCGGCGGGCGGCAGCGCACGGUGCAGGAAUUCCUGCUGGCCAACCGCAGCAUGGGCUUUUUACCCGUUGCCCUGUCCCUGUUGGCUACCUUCCAAUCUGCGGUGGCCAUCCUGGGGGUGCCGGCAGAGAUCUAUCGCUUCGGCACCGAGUACUGGUUCCUGGGCUGCUCCUAUUUCCUGGGGCUGCUCAUCCCUGCGCACGUCUUCAUCCCCGUCUUCUACCGCCUGCGGAUCACCAGCGCCUACGAGUACUUGGAGCUGCGCUUCAACAAGACCGUGCGCAUCUUCGGCACCAUCACCUUCAUCUUCCAGAUGGUCAUCUACAUGGGAGUGGUGCUCUACGCUCCUGCGCUGGCACUCAAUGCAGUGACAGGCUUUGACCUCUGGAGCGCGGUGCUCACCAUCGGGCUGGUCUGCACGUUGUACACUACAUUGGGAGGGCUGAAAGCCGUCAUCUGGACCGACGUGUUCCAGACUCUGGUCAUGUUUGCGGGGCAACUGGCUGUCAUCGUGGUGGGCGCACGGCGCGUGGGGGGCAUGGCCCGCGUGUGGCACCUGGCUGAGCAGCAGGGCAAGAUCUCCAGCAUUGACCUGGACCCCGACCCCUACGUGCGGCACACCUUCUGGACGCUGGCUUUCGGGGGGGUCUUCAUGAUGCUGUCGCUGUACGGCGUGAACCAGGCGCAAGUGCAGCGCUACCUGAGCUCCCGCAGCGAGAGGCAGGCGGUGCUCUCCUGCUACGCCGUCUUCCCCUGCCAGCAGAUCGUUCUGUGCCUCAGCUGCCUCACCGGCCUCGUCAUGUUCGUCUAUGACCGCGAGCACCCACUCGUCCCCAGUGGCACUCGCAUCUCCUCCGACCAGCUGGUGCUGUACUUUGUGAUGGAUGUGCUGCGGGACCUGCCGGGGCUGCCUGGCCUCUUUGUCGCCUGUCUCUUCAGCGGCUCACUCAGCACCAUCUCCUCUGCCUUCAACUCGCUGGCGACGGUGACAGUGGAGGACCUGGUGCGGCCGCACUGCCCUGGGCUAUCAGAGUCCCGUGCCACGCUGAUCUCCAAGUUCCUGGCUUUCGGCUACGGGCUGCUGUGCCUGGGAAUGGCCUACGUGUCUUCUAUGCUGGGCCCUGUGCUGCAGGCGGCCAUCAGUAUCUUUGGCAUGGUGGGGGGGCCGCUGCUGGGGCUCUUCUGCCUGGGGAUGUUCUUCCCCUGUGCCAACCCCACGGGCGCGGUGGUGGGGCUGCUGGCCGGGCUGGCCAUGGCCUUCUGGGUGGGCAUCGGCAGCCUGGUGGCCAACAUGGGGGGGGCCGUCCCCCUGGCCAACAGCACCGUGGCCCCCCCGAUCAACUUGACCACACCAGCCACGCUCACUACCAUGCUGCUCACCUCCACAACACCCCCCCCAAGCCCCACGGGCCUGCAGAAGUUUUACCGCCUCUCCUACAUGUGGUACAGUGCCCACAACUCCACCACGGUCAUCGCAGUGGGGCUCGUGGUCAGCCUGCUCACCGGUGGGUGCAAGAUACGGGCCCUGCUCACAAGAGCGCCUCGGCGCGCGCAGUAUUGCAUGGCCCCGCCCCGUUACGCACGGCCCCGCCGCCGGCAGCCAAUCGCACCGCAGCGUCUCCACGUGGCGGCUGAUCCCCAAUUCCGGUUCCGCCCUCCGCGCAGCGCGGCAGUCCUGAAUGCCGCGGGCCCGGCGUUAGCGUGCAGGGCGGAGGGGCUGCGGGGCGGGGCUACGCAGAUCAGCGCGCAGACGCAAGCAGUGUGUGCGGUGCUGACUCACAGAACACUGAACCGUAAAGCGCUUUGUGUUAGAAGGGAUCUUUAA